GGCCUGUCUUCAGAUCCAAUCAUUCAUGGAACUGGUAGUGGUGAUGAAACUGAUCACAGCAGUCGGUUAUCUCACGUCAGUGUCAAAAGCUACCAGUCCACUCAGACCAAUGGUUCUCUGGGUCUCAACACCCCUCCCCCUACAGAAGUGGAUGAAGACUACAGAGCUACGCGGCGACGACUCGCACGCGAAGCUCGAAAAGCGGACGAACUUGCAGCCGCUUUGCCCCAAAGACUCAGGUCUAGCACCAUUCGAGGCUCUUCUCCGUCUCAGCCUACACCCGUAGCAACUCGCCCAGCUGCUAUGGCACUCUUCGAAACACUUUCUUCAUCCCCAGCCAGUAUUUCAUCGGUUCAACCCUCUUCCUCUCCAUUCACCUCUCGGCAUGCGCCUCGCGAUAGCUCAGCAAGUCGACCAUCGCCAAGCAUUGAGGACAACUCCUCAAGGAUCGAGAUUCUGCGACGCAACAGCAGCUUGAGUGGCUCGGAUCGAUCAUUGUCUCGGCCACGACCUUCGUCAAACGAUGAGACUCAGAUCCUGCGCGAUCAGUAUGAAGGUUGGAAGAACAAUAUACGUGACCACUCGGAUGCUGUCUUCAGAAACGCUGAGAAGCAAUUGGAAGAGUCGAAAGUUCGCUUCCAAAAGGAACAACAAGAAAAGCAUGCACGAGCUCAGGCAUUAUUUGUCGCUCAACAAGAGAAGCUAUACCAUCAAUUAAGUAGGAACCGUGCUGGAUCCGCUGGAUCUGCCGCCUUGAAUAUAGCCUCUGGUUCUAGCCAUCCUCGCAGCGGUAGCUUUGCUAUGCCAGGUCAAGGCCACGGGUUACCUUCAAGCGCGAGUCCCACUCUUCAACGCGGCGUCCAUCCAAGUAGCCCUGUGCCUCCCUCCAUCUCUCCUAAUCAUCCGCUACAAAGCAAGCAAUCUCAGACCUUUCAAAUGGCUGCAACAACCUCCUCUCAUGCUCCACUUCAUCGUUCCCAGUCUCGUACUUGGCUGCCUGCUGGUGCAUCUCCCUCUGUCAAACAAACAGACUUUGGAAACAGACACUCUGGUGGAUCUUCCGAUACUGACGAAGCCGAGAAUGCUGUAGAAGACGACGAAUCCGACGCACCUAUCCAAUUUGCUCAGCAUAAAGGCUCCCUUCCCAUUUCUAUUCCUAAUUCUACGGCUGGUCACAGACGGACAGGUUCUCAGAUCCAUACUGGUGCCUCAACGAUGUCAG